AUGACGGAGUGGACUCUCCUCAAACGACUGCUGGAUGCAGUCCACCACCACUCUACCAUGAUUGGACGCCUGUGGCUCACAGUCAUGGUUAUUUUUCGGCUGCUCAUUGUUGCAGUUGCAACCGAGGAUGUGUACACUGAUGAGCAGGAAAUGUUUGUGUGCAACACCCUGCAGCCAGGAUGCUCCACUGUCUGCUACGAUGCAUUUGCACCGAUUUCUCAACCGCGCUUCUGGGUCUUUCACAUCAUCAGCGUCUCCACACCAUCCCUCUGCUUUAUCAUCUAUACAUGGCACAACCUGUCGAAGCUGCCUCACAACACCAUCCAGAGACAGGGCCAAGGACCGGGGGUUACGUCAAGGCCUGGAGGUCAGGAUGUUGGAGGGGACGGCGGACAGCAGGUGUAUGACCGGAGCUGUGACUCAGACAGCUGUUCCAUCCGCUCACAUAAGCAUCUUGGUCACAGCCUGGCAGAUGUGCUGGAAGGCAUCCCAACCCAGAGCCUCCAGAGGAUGGAGACAAACAACAUGCCGUCCUUAGGCCAAGCCAGAGCCUGUACAUCAGGAGAUAGCAGUGUUGAAGCUCAAGUGGUCUCUGGGGGUGUUCUGUCUAAAUGUUACGUCUUCCAUGUGUGUUUACGGGCUCUCUUAGAGGUCGGCUUUGUCUUAGCCCAGUGGAAGCUGUUCGGCUUCCAGGUUCCUGUCCAUUUUCUGUGUACCUCAGCUCCUUGCAGCCAGCCGGUGGACUGCUACAUUUCCAGGCCCACAGAGAAAACAAUCUUUCUGCUCUUCAUGUUCUGUGUGGGCAUUUUCUGUAUCCUUCUUAAUUUGCUUGAACUCAACCACCUGGGCUGGAAAAAGAUCCGACAGGUAGUGAAGCUGAGGGAGAGGGAGUCCUUGGUAGGGUGUCCAGGUAUGAGGGGGGGAUAUGAAACCUUUCUGCCAGACAGCCCCUCUCUCUCACCCUCUUUGGGCUUUAGAGAUGUAACCAGCACCACUUCCCUGCCGACUCUGGAUCUGGUGGGGGGGCACCAGCCUGACUGGACCUGUGCUGGGAACUGUGGCAGAGGGGAGAUCGGGGGUGUUAGAAAGACAAGACUGGAGCAACCAAAGAGACAAGACUUCCACACAGGAGAGGAGCAGCCUCUGAAGAGUAAGAGGGGAGUCCGAGGGCCAAAGCAGAAAAGUGCUGAGGUUUGGAUAUGA